AUGAGCGCCUCGGCGUCGGCGGGGGGCCCUGUCCCUGCUGCCCCCGGCCCGGCCGCCGCGCUGCCCCCCGGCUCCGCCGCACGGGCCCUGCAUGUGGAGCUGCCGUCCCAGCAGCGGCGUCUCAGACAUCUUCGGAAUAUUGCUGCCCGGAACAUUGUUAAUAGAAAUGGUCAUCAACUCCUUGACACCUACUUCACACUUCACUUGUGUAGUACUGAAAAGAUAUAUAAAGAAUUUUAUAGAAGUGAAGUUAUUAAGAAUUCCUUGAACCCAACUUGGAGGAGUCUUGAUUUUGGAAUAAUGCCCAACCAUCUUGACACAUCUGUGUCUUUUUUUGUGGUGAAGAUAUGGGGUGGAAGAGAAGACAUCUAUCAGCUGUUGAUUGAAUGGAAAGUCUGCUUGGAUGGGCUGAAAUACUUGGGUCAGCAGAUUCAUGCCCGCAACCAAAAUGAAAUAAUUUUUGGCCUGAAUGAUGGCUACUAUGGUGCUCCUUUUGAACAUAAGGGUUCUUCAAAUGCGCAGAAGACUAUUCUUCAGGUGGAUCAGAACUGUGUUCGCAAUUCUUACGAUGUCUUCUGUUUGCUGCGGCUUCAUAGAGCCCAGUGUGCAAUUAAACAGACUCAGGUAACUGUUCAGAAAAUUGGAAAGGAAAUUGAAGAAAAACUAAGACUCACAUCUACAAGCAAUGAGCUGAAAAAAGAAAGUGAGUGCCUGCAUUUAAGAAUUUUGGUGCUUCGAAAUGAACUGGAAAGACAGAAGAAAGCUUUGGGACGGGAGGUGGAAUUAUUGCAUAAACAACAAAUUGCAUUACAGGACAAAGGAAGUGCGUUUUCCACUGAGCAUCUCAAACUUCAGCUCCAGAAGGAAUCCCUAAAUGAGCUGAGGAAGGAAUGUACUGCAAAAAGAGAACUUUUUCUGAAGACUAAUGCACAGUUGACAAUUCGUUGCAGGCAAUUACUCUCUGAGCUUUCCUACAUUUAUCCUAUUGAUUUGAAUGAUCAUAAGGAUUACUUUGUUUGUGGUGUUAAGUUGCCCAAUUCUGAGGACUUCCAAGCAAAAGAUGAUGGAAGCAUUGCUGUUGCCCUUGGUUAUACUGCACAUUUGGUCUCCAUGAUUUCCUUUUUCCUACAAGUGCCCCUCAGAUAUCCUAUAAUUCACAAGGGAUCAAGAUCAACAAUCAAAGAUAAUAUCAAUGACAAACUGACUGAAAAGGAGAGAGAGUUUCCAUUAUACCCAAAAGGAGGGGAGAAGUUACAAUUUGAUUAUGGUGUCUAUCUUCUGAACAAAAAUAUAGCGCAGCUAAGAUACCAACAUGGACUAGGGACUCCAGACUUGAGGCAAACCCUUCCGAACCUGAAAAACUUCAUGGAACAUGGACUAAUGGUCAGGUGCGACAGACAUCAUACCUCCAGUGCAAUCCCUGUUCCAAAGAGACAAAGCUCCAUAUUUGGGGGUGCAGAUAUGGGCUUCUCGGGGGUGAUCCCUUCACCAGACAAAGGACACCGAAAACGAGCCAGCUCGGAGAAUGAGAGACUCCAAUACAAAACCCCUCCUCCCAGUUACAACUCAGCAUUGGCCCAGCCCGUGACCACCACCCCCCCGAUGGGAGAAUCUGAGGGGAAGACAGCAUCUCUGUCCUCCUCUUUGGACACCUCCUUGGACUUCUCCAAAGAAAAUAAGAAAAAAGGAGUAGAUUUGGGUGACAGCUCAGCUGGGGACCAUGUGAGUGUGGACACUAGCCAAGAGCAAGGAGAAGCGCUCCCUGGGCAUCCAGCCACAGUGAACGGCACUCUCUUGCCCAGCGAGCGGGCCGCCUCCUCCGGCGUCCAUCUUCCGGGUGAGCUCCCCCCCGCCUCAGAAGCUGAGCUCUGCUGCACGGUGGAGCAAGCAGAAGAAAUCAUUGGGAUGGAAGCCACGGGUUUCACCUCAGGCGAUCAGCUGGAAGCCUUUAACUGCAUCCCAGUGGACAGCGCCGUGGCAGUGGAGUGUGACGAGCAAGUUCUGGGAGAAUUUGAAGAGUUCUCCCGAAGGAUCUAUGCGCUGAAUGAAAAUGUGUCCAGCUUCCGCAGGCCGCGCCGGAGCUCUGAUAAGUGAAGUGAACAGACAGACAGUAGGACGAGGACAGAGUUGCUGCCUAAAAUGAAGAGAAAGCUGCACUGGCUGCCCUUUAGUGAUUAUGACACAAAAUGAAUAUUAAUGGAGGAUAUUCCUCGGAAAAAUAGACCUUGUGAAUCAAGAAGGGACUCAGGGUCAUUGUGUACCAGUGGGCCAGACAAGUUAGAUUUUGCUUGCAAGAUUUGCUUUUCAGGCCUGACGAUUGUUUGAAAGCAAAAGUUGCUCUCUAGCUCGAGUCACCUUAUAGAUAUUUGUCUGCUUUUUUAUUUACACUUCUGCGUUAUCCUCAGAGGGAAGAUGAUAAUAUAUAAAUAAUAUAAUGAAC